AUGAAGCAGGAUCUCGAGGAUGAACCUGGGUCGUCGGCGAUCGCUUCUGUCGACCUCGGCCACUCGACAGAACCCACAGUCAAACACUCCGGGCCCCGCAGAGCCCCAAAGAGACGAGUUAAAACCGGUUGUUUGACAUGUCGAAAACGUCGAAUCAAGUGUGGAGAAGAGAAGCCCAUAUGCAGCAACUGCGUCAAGUCCAAGCGCAUCUGCGAGGGUUAUGCUCGACAAGUGGUCUUCAAGAACCCUCUGGGGCUCUUCGGAUCAUACGGCCCACCACCGGGACCAGAUCAGAUGCAAAAACAGCAUAUGAGAGUCCCGCUAUACAACGACUUGGGUGCUCUGCCGGCCCAGCACGCUGCCGCCGCGGCACAGCAUCCCAUGUUAGCCCCACGGCCUAUUGACCCCGCGACGAUGGGGUAUCAUUCUUUCCAAACAUACGAGACAACUCAGCCAGUCGAGGGGCAGGAACCAGCGACUGCUCCUCAGUUCUAUUAUCCGGCACCGCCGACGCAGAUACCUCCUCAAACAUGGUCUGUUCAGCCCCCACUGCGACAUCCGGAAGGGCCUUCGUCCUCGGAAACAUCCAAUUAUGCACAAGUACAGUCUCAACAAAGUAGCUCUCCCGAAGAACCCGUGCAAUAUCAGGAGUCAACAUCACACCAUCCGCAACCCAUCAUUUAUUGGUCGAAUGUUCAGCAGGGACAGGAGUUCGUACCAGGUACUGGCCCGCUGCCUCCAGGGGGAGCUCAAGCAGAAGAAGGCCCAGAGAACCCAUUAUUCCCUCAGCCCCUCUAUUCAACAGAGGCCGUGUUCCAGUAUCAGGCGCAGCCUGGCCAAGUACCUCAAUUGGAUCCUUCCGGACAAUACGUUCAGCAAUACCAACCACAGAUUGCAUAUGUUGAGGAUGGAGAUGACGACUACUAUGACGUGGAAUCCGAUGAAGAGAUGGUGGUUCAGACUCAGGCGGAAGGCUUCAACCAGUUGAGCCUGAUUAUGGCCUCGGCAAACCACGACGAUCGUCAACUUCGUUCGUUCACGACCCAUCUGAACGAGCCUAAUAUCCUUGCCUCCUAUAAUCCCAGCCUCGGAUCCAGUCCUCUCAAUAAUCCCAAGACAGCUCGCAUCUUUGCUCACUUCAUCCACUCGACCGGGCCAUCAUUGUCCAUCUUUGAACGCCAUCCGACAGACUCUUCUAUUGUCCUGGGAGUCCCGGUUCCACCUGCCCAGCAAGGACUUUGGACAUAUACCUUGCCACUAAAGGCCUUGGAGAACCCAGCAUUGCUUCAGGCUAUUCUCGCUAUCAGCAGUUUGCACAUUGCAUACUUGCAGGGUGCGCCCACCACAGUUUCUCUAAAACAUUAUCACUAUGCACUGAAACGCAUCGGCCGAGCUGUCGGCCUGCCACAACGCCGCAAACAGAUUGGCACACUGGCAGCCACCGAACUCCUGGCAUACUACGAAGUCAUAUCCGCGGAUCAUUCCAAAUGGAACAGCCACGUUGCUGGUGCUGCCCAGCUAAUCAAGGAGAUUGACUUUGCCGGCACGACUCGAGAUCUUCGUGCCUACCGGCGCAUAAUCAACGAACAGCGUCGCCAGAUGGGGUGGUCCAACUCGAUGAUGUAUCAUCAUGGGUUUGGUCCCGAUCCCAAUGAAGAUGACCCCUUUGCUGAGAAAGAGGGAAGCAUCGACCAGGAUCUCAUCGGAUCACUCUUGGGGCGCGCAGUCAACUUUGAUGAGUUUGGACGCGUGGAGGAUGAUCAUGGGUAUAGCCCAAGGAAACAUUUCUCACGCAAGGAUAUUGAGAAUUUCCGAAUCCAGUGCGAUCUCUACUGGUGGUUUACGAAACAAGAUGUAUUCCACAGUUUGAUCAGUGGAGAUAAGUUAUUCAUGCCCUACUAUAUGCAGUGUCAGAGUCCACCACGAGCAGGCAUCGGCCGGAUCGAUGCCAUCUAUGGAUCAGCCGACCAUCUUUGGCUGUUGCUUGCGCGGGUGACAGACUUUGGCUAUCGCGACCGAAAACGCAAGUUGCGCGCCAUCCGAGCCUCUGGCACGGAUUGGAAGCCUACGCCAGGGAUGUUUAAGUUUAUGGGCCGGUUCUCUCGUGGCGAUCCUAGCAAGAUGAAGGGGCCGCCAGGAGGUCCUCCUGGUGGGCCUCCUGGGCCUCCUGGAGGGCCACCUUCAGCAGGCGCAGCUCCUCCUAGAGGAUCUGGCCCUCCGUCAAAUUCAUCGGGAGGAUCACCUGGCCAGCGCGCCGGUCCGUCUGUGCCAGAUGGUCCUCCCAUGUAUGGAAUGGUCCCACCGCAGGGCCCAACGCGCCUUCCAUCUGGAUUCGCUGAUGGUCGUCGCGACCAACGAGAGUCCCCCGAGGAGGACGAGGUAAGUGAUGAUUUCACAUACACGGAAGCAGAACGCGAAUGGGAGGAGAUCUUGGUAGCCAUGGACACCUUUGCCAAAGCCCUCGGGCGUGACUUUGAGCCACUUCCUGCAGACGUCACGCAGUCUAUUUCAACGCCAUUUGGACCGGCACUCCAAUACCGCACGCACACGAUCGCGGUCAUCUGGGGUUUCUACUAUGCUGGCUGUAUUCUACUCAAACGACUCCACCCUUCUAUGCCCCCGGCCAUGAUGAUGGCCGCCGGGGUGGCCGCUCCCACUACCACCGAAUAUGCACAGAUCAUAGGUCGAAUCACCGGUGGCAUAUAUUACCCACAACGCUACAACCUUGAAGCAGGCAGCCUCAGCCCAACGCUAGGCUCGUCACUAACGGAGAUGACGAUGCCGAUCUUCUUCGCCGCCGUGCAGUACAUGGACCCCGCACAGCGUGGCUGGACCAUUGCCAAACUGCGGGACGUCUCGCGGCUGACGGGCUGGAAGACGUCGGACGCCAUCGCCAGUGGCUGUGAAAAGGCGUGGAUCGUGGCCGCUAAACAUGGCCGCGGACCGCCAUAUGAGCGAUCCUUCGACUCGGGCCGCGAUCGUGCCGCUCAUCCGUUGGAUAUCCUUGAGCGCGACCGCAAGAGCACCACGGAGUAUAGUGAUGACCGGCGGUUUGUGACGAUUAAGCCACCCGAUCGAGCUUAUUUGGCAAUGGGCCUGUUGAGUUUGGAGGGGGAUAUGCAGAACUUGGAGUUGUAG